AUGCUACUAAAUGCCGAACAUGCCUUUGUUUCUGAUGGCUCCUCCGCCUUUGGUGUCUGCAGCACUGUUGCAACUCUUUCCUCCAUUAUGAGUCACUUUCGACGACGUAUCUUGGGUCGAGGCAAUAACGAAGAAGAGACACAGCCACAGCUGCAGGCACAGCCUGAUGCGGAUGAGCCAUGGGGCUUUCAGAUCGUACAUGAAGGCACAGAUCCUUUGGUUGACAUCAUUGCCAUACACGGAGUGAACGGGCACCGUGAGAAGACUUGGACUCACGAAAAUGGAACGUUCUGGUUGAGAGACCUGCUCGCCAAGGAGCCGUCAUUCUCACGUACUAGGAUUAUGACAUACGGCUACAACAGCAGAACGCAUGCACGCAAUGGUGUGGCGUCACUACAAACUCUCCCAGGCUACUCGCAGGAUUUUUUGCAGCAUCUGGCCGAUCAGCGAGAGGGUGAAGGGAUUAUUCGUCGGCCCAUAUUCUUCGUGGUGCACAGCCUUGGUGGCAUUGUACUCAAGAGUGCCCUGGUGGAUGCGAACCUCUCGGACAAGAGCGAAGUCAAGAAAGGAAUCAAACUGUCCACCUUUGGUAUUCUGUUCCUCGGCACACCGCAUGAGGGUAGUAAUGCGGUUCCUUUGGGACUUCACGCUCUCCGAAUCGCCGGGUUUUACUACAGCAUCAAUGACAGCGCAGUCAAGGAACUAGGAGCGCACUCACAGUGGCUUGAGCACCAGACAAAUCAAUUCAACACGAUCCGUCAUAGCUUCCGGAUCCGGAACUGCUAUGAAACCAUGGAAACACGUCUUGGACGUGGACCCUCUCUUGUGAUCGUGCCAAAAUGGUCUGCUGCGCCCCCUGCGUGGGAUACCGAAGCGGUUGGGAUCAAUAGGAAUCACAUCACCCUAACAAAAUUCACCUCAACCGGUGACCAGGCAUAUCAGAGAAUCAGAGACGUCUUAAUGCUGAUGACGCGUGAUGCUGAGGCCACGGUCAAAAGGAACUGGGACGAGUGGAGCGCAUCGCAAGCAGCUCAGAACCAACGACCCGCGGAAACCAUUCAAGAUUUGGAUGCCCUUGUAACGAGCACCAAGUUCGAUCUCAGAUCCAACUUACCCCUCAAGAAUGAAUCGUUCAUAGGCCGUGUGCAAGAACGCACCGCCUUGCGACAUAAGCUUGCUGCACCCAGCUCAAAUCGACUGAUGGUGCUCUUCGGACCAGGGGGCGUGGGGAAAACUCAACUGGCUCUCAAGUAUUGCUGGGACUACAAAUCAGACUACUCGACAGUGCUUUGGUUCAACGCUGCCAAUCUCAACGCCAUCCAAGCGAGCUUUAUGGUGCUGGCGAACAGGAUCAUUGCCUUCUACAAAAGGCACUCCGUGCCGCUUGCACUGAUCGUCCAGUAUCUCGAGCUCGAAGGGUUGGUCCAGCACGAUGGCACCGUGGUCGCGGAGGGUGAGGGUGCCUUCGAUCGCAUCGCGGACGCAGUCAAUCUGUGGCUAGAUAUCGAGGGUAACCAUCAAUGGCUUGCAGUUUUUGACAAUUAUGAGCCGGAAGAUUUCCCUGCCGCCUGCCGUAUCGAAAGAUACCUCCCAAAGGCACGACUGGGGACUAUUGUGAUUACGACCCGACGUCGGAACCCCAUCAAGAACGGUAGGAUGAUGGAAAUAUCUUGUUUUUCUGGAGACGAGAGCCUGCAACUUCUCCUCUGUCGUUGCCAAAAAGACGGCGACGAUCUUUCAGAGGAAGAAAGAGAGCGCGCCAUUCAGAUCACAGAGGAGCUGGGUCAAUUUCCACUUGCAAUUGACCAGGCUGGAGCGUACAUUUCUCAUGAGGACAUAUUAUUUGCGUCAUAUCUGGAACUCUACCGGAAGAACAACAAGUAUUUGUUGCAAAAGAAAGAUCUGACACUCGACCCUCAAUACAACGAGUGCGUCUUCACUACAUGGGAGACGUCAUAUCGACUCUUGGAAAAGAGGAACCAAGAAGCUGCAGAACUCCUGGCUCUGUGUUCCUUUUUCUUCAAUGUUGACAUACCAGAGCGAAUAUUCCAGGGCGGCCUUAUCAAGACCGAGCAGCAAGUAAAGGACCUGUUCUCAGAGAUCCACUCUUUCAGCCUUAUUCGGAGACAUCACGACGAUAGCUACUCGAUUCACACGCUCAUACACACCUGGGCCCGUCAGCGACUUGACCUGCAUACGCAACGGAUGUCGGUGCAGCGAUGCGUGGAGAUCCUAACUAGAGGUCUGCUCGUUGACAGCAAUUUUGGCUGGACUACAACCGACGAUGUGGCCUUCCGAGGGCGAAUCCGCCUUCACGCCCUCACAGUUCUGGACUACACUAUGCAGUGGGACGAGAGUGAUCUGGAUCCAGAAGGACUACAACACAUUGGGUAUCUUUCCGACGUGUACUACAAGUAUGACGAUGCAGAACGAUUCUACAAGUUGGCUUUGGAUGCCAGUGGCUGGGACCGGGACGACCAGGUGCAAAGUACGCCCGAUCCAAAAAAGGUAUAUAUGCUCGUUCAGCAGCUUGCAAGGAUAUAUCUUUGGCAAGCGCGCCCAGCUUUGGCGAUUGCACUGUAUCGGCAGUAUCUGAAGACUAAGGCCGACCAUUCCGACUUGAAAACUGCCAUGAUCACGAUCGAUCUCGCAAUGGCAGCCCGUUUCACUUACCAAUGGGAGGAAGCAGAGAGACAAUACAGGAGAAGCAUUGUGCUGCUGGAGAAGCUCUUUGGCCCAAGAAGUGCCGAGGUCCUGGGAGCACGGAGCUGCUUGGGAUGUCCAUUGGCUUGUAUGGAUCGACUCGACGAAGCCAUGGAUGAGUGUCAGUACGCGCUCGACCAACUGAUCGAGGUCGCUGGAAUUGAAAAUCCGCACACCCUAGGAGCUUUUACGAAUCUCGCACUAUGUUACGUCCAUCGUGGCGACGACGAUCGGGCGCUCCCAUUGUUCGAAGAAGCGGCCGAGCUUGGAAGGCGGGUAUUCGGGCCCGAGCAUCCCUGGACAGUUAGCGCAUCGUACGAGUCUGCCAAAGUUUGUUGUCGUAUGGCGCGAACGGAGGAGGCGAAAACUAUUCUUACCAGCGUCGUUGCUGCAUGGGAAAAGACCCUGGGACCCUUUCAUAUCGAUACGGUCGAGGCAAUGACAGAUUUAGCUGACACAUACCGCAGAACUGGUCGAAGUGCAGAGGCAGGUGGUCUCUACGAGAAGACGUUGAAGGCAGCAAAUAAUGACCAUUAUCGCACUGUGUCGACUGAUUGGCGGCGACGAGAUGUGAUCGACUAUAUCCAGGAAAUGCUGGAAGCUGGCUGUGAUGAGAACAAGGAGAGUCGACAAGAGCUGCUGUUGAAGCCCAUCAGAACCAACACAAAGUAA